UCCCUUGACUUCUUGGAGACUUGGCCUGUAUUGACCUCCAAUCCCUGCAAAAUGUCCUGCUACGACCUGUACCCCUCCUCUGCCUGCGGCGUCCUUCGGCCCCAGCCCCUGGCUGACAGCGGGAACGAGCCGUGCGUGCGCCAGUGCCCCGACUCCACCACCGUCAUCCAGCCUCCCGCCGUGGUGGUCACCUUCCCCGGCCCCAUCCUCAGCUCCUUCCCGCAGGAUUCCGUGGUGGGAUCUGCUGGAGCGCCCGUCCUUGGAGCCUCAGGGUCCUCCCUGGGCUACGGGGGCCUGUGGGGCUAUGGGGGCUAUGGCUCUGGGGGUUAUGGUGGUCUCUAUGGAUAUGGGGGCUAUGGAUCCCUGGGCUAUGGGGGUCUGUGGGGCUAUGGGGGUUCCUCCCUGGGCUAUGGGGGUCUGUGGGGCUGUGGGGGUUACCGGGGCCUGUACGGCUCUGGCAGAGCCUUUGGCUCUGGCUAUUGCAGCCCCUACUCCUCCUGGUACGGCCGCUACGGCCGCGGCUACUGGGGGUCCUGCUAAACCCUGCAGAAAUAUCCCAGAGUAAGGAAACCGACAACUGAGAGAUACAGUCCUGGCCCCAAAGGAGAUGUUGUGACCACGGCCACCCCACUCUGGUGGAGCUGGAAGGACACAACUCUUCCUUGAUUCAUUCACCUCUACUUGCCAUCUUCUGGGCUUUUUUUUCCAUCUCUGUGUGUGUGUAAUGUGUGGGAUAAAACAACAAUUUAUAUUCUCCUAAAAUGCAACUUCACUGUCCAACUGGAGAAGAACAACCAUGGAAGGAGUUGCCUGUGAUCUGAUAUUCUUCAUAUUCUGAAAUGCUUUUCUGUGAACGCUUUUUUCUCAUUAAAGUGAUUCUGUUCUGCAAAAAACAAA